AGUGGAACGUAUAGUUAUGGCGAAAAUAUCACGCUCGCGGAUGUGUGUCUCUUGCCUGCGAUAUGGACCGCGGAAAGAUACGGACUGCUUCUUGAUGGGUUUCCUACGAUCUGUCGCAUUGUCGAGGCAUUGCAUCGUGUUGAGGCUGUGCAGAGAGCCCAUUGGAGAUGCCAGCCGGAU